ACAACUUCUUUAAAACAUUCGUAGCAAAUGUGAAAAAAAGAGAUAGUGGUGUAAAAUGAGUGGUUUCUAUGACUUUGUGCCCAAUUUGCGGGAUUCAAUUGACAGAAAUGACGACGGUAUACCUCGUUCCCGAAAUAUACCAAAAUCAUUUAAAAUGUGGCGAUCGACCUCUAUGAGUAAUCUUGUCAGCAAUUCAAAUAAAAUCAGAAGCCAUGUGUAUGAAUCGGCUCCAUCUGACAACAGUAAAUACGCUAGCGCUGAGAGUUUGACUACAUUGUCUAGUUAUAAGAGUAAGAAGUCACAUUGGUUACUCAAAGAUCUGGAAAAUUUUUGGGACAGCUGGGAUACGAUCGUGACGAUAAUACUGAUUGCUGCAAAGGAUCUUCCAAAACCACCUAACGAUGGUACUACCCAUGAAUUGUAUGGUAAAUUUAGGUUGGGGUCAGAGACAUUUAGAUCAAAGUCCGUCAUCCAUACCCGCCGGCCGGAGUGGCGCGAACGAUUUAAACUGCAUUUGCACAAGGACCAUUCACUUAAACUUACAUUAUGGGAUAGAGGACGACAGAAGAUUUUUAUGGGAAGUUGUGUAUUAGAUUUGUCUAAAUUAGAAAAGGAACGAACUCAUGAUGUUUGGCAAGAAUUGGACGAUGGCUACGGUUCCGUACAUUUGUCAGUGACAAUGUGCGUUGUACGCUAUUUGCACACCGCACCGAAAACUAUCAAGACUGACUUCCAACAUGAGCAAUCUCUCACAGAUUGGAAUAACGACUGGAGACUGGUGGGAUGUCUGAAGGUGAAAGUUAUCAGAGCUAAAGGUCUCAGCGGGAAGCCCAGCGCGUACUGCACGCUAGAGCUCGACAAUGAACGGCUGCAGACGCACAGCGCCAGCUCAGGACCAGAUCCAGUCUGGGAUAAGAGCUGCGUAUUUAAUGUGUAUGACGUGACUUCAGCCCUAUCAUUAAAAGUAUACAGUAGUUCGUUGACGAAUGCCUUCCUGACUGAACUCCUGGGCCAGGUAUCGAUUCCAUUGCUCAAUAUCACGAAUGGAGAGACUCGGUGGUACGCUUUGAAAAAUCGAAACAAUCGUAACGUAGCUAAAGGAAACUGUCCAAGAAUUUUAUUAACAAUGACUGUUACAUGGAAUCCGAUCAAAGCAACACUACGACUAUUCCAGCCAAAGGAAGUAAAGUAUAUAGAAGAAGCUCCGAAGUGGGAUAUUUCACUUCUGAUGAGAAAUCUGCCCAUUUUUGUGGAUCAUUUUAAUAAUAUUUUGUACUUUAACGAAAUAUUUAAGAGGUUAUUUGAAUGGAAUAACAGAGAGAUGUCGGCGAUUGCAUUAUUUUUUUGGUUAAUGUUGUGUUACCAUCUGACACCAUCAACGAUUCCGCUUAUGUUAUUGUUAGUUUUCAUCUUCUUAAGAAUUUAUACAUGGAUACAAGGUAACAAUUAUUUUAUCGAUUCUGGAGCGGCGAACGAUUCAAAUAACAAUCAAAAGGAGAAUAAAGGACUUACUUAUAGAAUAAAUGAUAUGCCAGAAAUUAUUUUAACUGUAUCAAAUGUACUAGAACUAAUUGUAUCAUUUUUGGAAAGAUUAAAAAAUUUAUUUACAUUUCAAGUACCAUUCUUAAGUUACGUUGUGAUGUCAAUACUGGCUUUACUAUCUCUGGUGUUGUAUUUUGUACCUUUCAAUUAUUUACUUAUGUUAUUUGGUAUUUAUAAAUUCAUGAGGAAGUACUUGAACCCAGAUAGAAUAUUAAACAACGAUUUCAUUGAUUUUAUAUCAAGGAUACCCGAUGACAGAAUAUUGAAAGACUGGAAGGAAUUGAACGUCCCCGAACCAGUGAUGUGAGAGGAAGAUGGCAAGAUCCGGCGAUGCUAACACUUGGCUAGUUUUUAAUAAUUUAUUUCUGUUUUUUUAUUAUUUAGGAUCAUAGCCAAGAGAGCUAUUGUAUAUGAAUAUUUGCUUUCAUGUUAAUAGAAAAUUGUUUUCUUAAUUUAUUAAUAUCCUUUCUUAGUUAAUUCGUUUUAAAAAUUUGUAACAAUCUUAAUUUUUUUUUCUUUGCUAUAACCCGAAUAUUUAUAUAAAACUGUUGAUAUAUUUAGUCAAUAGUUGAAUUGUCUUUCAGUUACUAAUACUAAUUGCAUAAUUAUUCUAUUCUACGUCUAAAAAUGCAUUGUGCGUUCCUGUCAGGUACACUUCUUUACCAUGAUGUGUUUCAUAAACGGCAAACACUUAGCCUAAGUUUCUAACUACUCAGACAUUUGAAGUUAAUAAUAAUCAAAGAAAACGAGAAGGAAAGAGAGUUGUGUCCAACUGUUUUGCCAGUGAAAACUCACGUUAACACGGCAUAAAUAAAAAAGUGUUUCAUUGACAGCUAUGUAACUUGAUUAAGUUUUUCAUUAUGUACAUAAAAUGUAGCGCAAAGAAGUAUAACUGAUUUCAAUUGACAGGUUUUAUGAUUACAUAUUCUUAUAUUUAAUACAACUGUACAUGGAACAUUAAUAAAUAAUUAUGUACUAGAACCAUCACAAUCUUCAUUUACCCUACGCGGUAUACGUAGGGUAGUAAGAAAUUCUACUCGAAAUAUGGCACUACAGUCUAAAGAGAUUCCUAGAUAUCAUUGCACUACCGUCUCUUCAUCGAGUCAGACCUGCUGAUACUCGAUUCUGUCACUUUUAGCUCCCGCCAUUGUUU